AUGAAAAUUGCUUUUUACUUUCCAAAUUUAAUACUUAGUACCAAUGAUGAUUGGAGUGAUCAAUCAAUUAAUGAAGUAAAUAUACAAGAGGAAGCUUAUGUAUACAACCAUCAAGCACAUCUAAAAAAACUAGAAAAUCUUUUUCGUGAAAAAAAAGAGAUGUGUUUAAUAGAAGAAUCAAUUUUAAAACAUAAAGAUAUUGUUUUAAGUUUCGAUAAUUUUAUUGAAGAUUUUUAUUCAUAUUUUUUAAUUAAUAAGACAAAUCUUUCUAAAAGGGAAUUAGAAAAUGUUAAAGAAGCAUCAGAAAAUAUUUUUAAGGAAUAUAAUAAUUUAGAAGAUAUUUUAAAGUAUUUUGAUGAUAAAAUUGCUAAAAUCUCCAAAAGUAUAAAUAGUGAAUUUUUAAGAUUAAUUAAAGGUUCAGCAAAUUUUGAUAUGAAAUUAUCAAUAAAUUGUGUUUUAGAAAAAACAGAAGAUAAUGAUGAGAUUUAUGAAAUUCUUUGUGAUUUAAAGUGUUUUUAUCAAGAUGCUGCAAUAAUCAAGGCGUUUGUAAAUAAUAAAGAUGAUUUUAGGUUUAUUUAUGAACUAUUAAAUGACACAAUUCAAAGUGAAAAUGAUUUAGAAUUCACUGAUCAAUUUAACAAACAAUUUUUAAAAAAGUAUGGUUUUAGAAAUGAUUCAGAAUUUUUAAGUAUUGUAAAUGAGAUUAGUGAUUUAAUUUGUUGUUUUUAUGGUUUGAAAUUUGAAUAUAAUUCACAAGAAACUAAACAAUCGAUAAUUAAAAAAUCUUAUAUGUUAGAUUAUUUAAUAUUAAGUAUCAAAAGUAAAAAAAAUUUAGAUAGUAAAAAGACAAUAAGCUUCUUAGAAUUUGCUGAAGGGUUAUUAGCUAUUUUUUUAAAGAAUAAACAAGAGUUUCUUUUUAAAAAGAUUUAUCCUCAAGAAGAUAAUUAUUAA